AUGUUCAGCACCGCACUGGCCAUCAACACGCUCAUCGAUGUGUGGAGCGUGCCCGCCACCGAUUCGUCGUGCAAACUGCGAUGGGCCAAGAACAUCCCAGCAUCGGUUCAGCCCCUGGUGUACGGCGGUGUCACAUACCUCCGUACCUACCUGCUAUCCGGGCAGUUCUCGCUUGGCAACGCCUUCUUCUCGGGCUCGGAAAAGGGCGAUUCUACCUUCCCAUUUGCCUAUCCUGGAACGUAUUCGUUCUACCGGAAUGGCACAUACCUCAACCCGCUCACGACCACCGACCUGGACAUGGACUCUGGGUUCAACCUCGUGUACGCCAUGCGGGGCGUGUCGCCGCUCAAGACGUACGAGAAGUUCAUCGAUCUCAAGUGGUGGGGCUACUCCACACCAAAGGAAUUCCCCGCCAUGACGCACGCUAUGUCGCUCAUCGCGCUGGCCAAUUUUCAAGCCCUUCAACAGUGCCAGUAG